AUGCUUCGUCGGUUGGAAAAACGGAUUCUAGUUGACUUACCAAAUAAAGAGGCAAGAAUACAUAUGUUUGAAUCCUUUCUUCCACCAGUUAUUGGACAAGGUACAUCAGGUGGAUUACAAUUAAAAUGUUAUUUAGAUUAUGAUGUAGCUGCGGAAUUAACUGAAGGUUACUCGGGCUCAGAUAUACGUCUAGUGUGUAAAGAAGCAGCUAUGCGUGUUGUUAGGAAAAUAUUUGAUAUUUUAGAAAAUUCUUCUAUUGAAAAUUUACCUCAAACACAAAUUCAUUUUGAUCCAAUUACUACAGAUGAUGUUAAAGCGGCUAUAUCAUCUACAAUGCCAUCAGCUAGACAAUUAGCAGGAAAAUAUUUAGAAUGGCAACAACAAUUUGGUUCUUCUUAA